UAUUAUCUAUUUAAAGAUUUCAACACAAUCUUCGUUGUUUGUAAAAAUUGUAUGGACAAGUAUUUUUUAAAUAUCUAGAAUAGACUUUUUUAAUCAACUCAACAACAAGUUACAGUCUUUGUGACAUCGUGCACAACAGUGAAGUUAUUAACGUGUGGCACAGCGAUGAUAGUGUUGUAAAUAUGAAAAGAAUUGUUCCGAUAUUGAUAGUAAUACCAAUUUUCACUUCCGCAUUUUACACGCGUCAUUCGCCAGACAUUAGGACUUAUACUCAUGAGGACAUAACUGAAGUAGGGACAUUGCAGGCCCUGUCAAGUUAUAUUUGGAAAAAUAAGUUAAAAAAACAGAAUGGCUCUGAAAUAUCAGCUGUAGAAGUCUUUUAUGAGAAAGAUGCUUCCAGUAAAAUAGAAAUGGGUAAAUCAAUAAAUGCCAUUAUACAGUCAAUUGCCGAUAUACAAGUGGAAAAGAAGGAUACUGCCUACGUGCAUUGUCAUGCCGAUCAAAUAUUAUUAGCUCAUCAACAUGUGAUAUCGUGUAAGGAUAAACUCAUCCAAUUAAAAAACGAUGUAGUGGAGCUUCGAAAACAGUUGGGAGAAUGUCUUUACACUGUGCAGUCGUUUUACAGCAACACCAACUGGGUCGAAAUGUACGGUGAUGUACCUUAUACAGAUUUCGGUAUAAAAGGGAAAAGACUUAUGGCAGUUGCUCUACCAGAGGAAGAUACCUGUAAAGAUGUCGAAAAUAUAGAUUUAAACUGUGAACAAAAUAUCAUAGUAAAGAACAAGCUGACCAGUGGUUACCAUCAUGGAAGGGGAAACAUAAAACCUACAAGACCAAUAGGUUCAACCACUGGGAAAUGUAGUCAUGGCGGGCCGUACGACGAGAGUCGUAAAAUGGUAGCAAAAUGUGGAAUAAACAAAGAAACAUACACCAAAAAUUUAUCUCCACAUCAUCAUCUUCAUUAUAGGGCAUAUGUAUCUGCUGUUGCCGCAACUAAAGAUUUUUUUAUAAUGGAAGACACCGGUAUUCUUAGUUUGCUUGGAGGUAAAACGUUCGACGAAAUAUUCCACAUCAAAACGAGAAAAGAUCUGUCACUAGCGUUCGUUAUAGACUAUUCAGGUUCCAUGAAGGAAGAAAUUGCUGCUGUUAAAGAACAGAUAACUCAACUUGUGACUGCUACAAUAGGUUCUGACAAUGAACCAGCUGAUUAUGUAUUAUCGCUGUUUAAUGAUCCAGUCACAAUGAAUCAAGCAUGUGUGUUUAGAGACGGAUAUGAAAUGAUUACGAAACUCGACAGUAUCAUAGUAGAUGGAGGUGGUGACUGUCCUGAAUUCGCAGCCGAUGGUAUUUUAAAAGCCAUCAAAAAAUCUCGAAACGGUUCUACAUUAUUUGUGUUUACUGACGCUGACGCCAAAGAUGACGAUAAACAGCAAGAGGUAGCAAAUUUGGCAAUAGCUAAAACUAUUUCCAUAACCACAUUACAGACCGGCACCUGUUCAAGACGACGGCGAUCAGUGAAUAAUACACAUGUAAAGCGAAGAGAUACUAAGUCAUUCUUUCAGCGUCUUGCUCAGGCAACAGGAGGAAAGGUCUAUCGUACAACGAAAGAAGAAAUAACUGUUGUAUUGAAUGAUAUCAUUGAGAAAACAUUUCCUGUUGCUGAAGUUAUAUUGGAUUCAUUUGAAUGGUCCCUAAAAUCCAAUGACAACACAAUGUUUCUUGUUGAUAGUACAGUAACAGUUCUCAAGGUUGCUUUGUGCUGUUCAGGCGAAGACAGUGGAGUAGAACUGUUUUACCCAAACGGAACAAAAGAAACAUUUACAAGUAGAUUAUCACGUAAACUUGUCACUAAGAGGAAAGAAGUUAUAAUUUCCCUUCAGCGUCCACCUCCAGGCAUAUAUAAUCUACAGAGGAAGUUACCUAAUAAAUGGUCAGUUAAUGUUACAGCUCAAAGUCCAGUUAAACUGGAAACAGAAAUACUUGAAUAUACUGAAAGUGGUGCAUUACCUAUUCUUAAAGGAAGUCCUAUUGCAGAAAAGAACUAUACCUUUUAUGUUAACAUAUAUAACCUUGGAGAAAACGGGACUUGUAAUGACCUUAUUCUUACUGAUGUGCUGGGCAAUGAAUUGUUAAAAAUUCCUAUUAUUCAGACGGCAACACACAUGGCAGUAAGAUGUGCCGCCAUAUUCACUACACCUAAUCAGUUUUUCCAGCUGAAGUUAAACGGAACAGACAAGAACGGAUUUGAAUUUUCCAGAAAGAAUUCACUAGUAUUUAAACCUACAAAUGUUAAACUAAGAGUAAUUCCGCCCGAUAGUGCAGUAACUGGAAAAGAAGUGUUAGUAUAUUAUGAAGUUGAAAAUACAGGAACGAUUAAUGAAACUUAUGAAGUAGCGAUUUCAGACGACCAUUCUGCUUCAGUACUACCAAUGAGAAGACAGCAUACAAUUUUAGCGGGAGAUACAAGUAAUGGAUCGUUUACUAUGAAGCCUACAUUAACAUCUAGUAUCUUGAAAUAUGCCAUUACAGUUUACCUGGGAUCCUCAUCAGAAAUUAAUCAAAGAAUUUCAAAAACGGUUCUCGUUACUGACAUUGAAAGACCAGUUUGUACAGUUGUUACUGUCAAUGGAACUUGUGGUAAUUCGUCGUUGAAUACUGCACAAUGCCAUAAAUAUCACUGGCUCGUAGAUGCUGAAAUAAAAUUCAAAGGUACUGAGUUGGACAAUUUUACUUCAUCCGUUGGUUCAGCAACUGAAUUAGUUUAUGAUGAUAUAUCUGGUUUGAGGCAUGGUCCUGUGAAUAUUAGUAUCAAAGGGAGUUGUUGUACACCUUCAGUUGUACUUGCUGCUGUCGACACUGAUGGUUAUAUAGCGCAAUGUAGAAUAGAAUUUUCAGGAGGUCAAAUUGUAACGCCAAUGGAAUUUUAUGACCCCGAUAAUUCCCCAGUGGCGACAGAUAAUUCGGAGGAUAGUUACACAGUAAUUGUCAUAGCGAUAGUAGUUGGUGUCAUUAUUGUUGUUGUUUUGUCGAUUAAAGGAUUCAUUGCUUACAGAAAAUUUAAACGGGCAUCAUACAAUGUAAAUUAUAAUGUAAACCAAAACAUGAAAGGAGGAAUAGACAAAAAUCAACGCCCCAGUAGUGUAGAAUAUCAUCCAGUAACAUUAGAAGAGCUUAGUGACGAGAAGGAAAACCUUUGAGUGACAUUAGCAACAUAUCAACUUAGUGCUUUCACAAUAAUAGGCUCUUUUAUUACUUUGUAAUACUAUCUUUUGCAUCAUAAAAUUUAUUUUGUUUUGUAUGUAUGGAUCUGCGUUGACUGUUUGCAUAUUAAUUUUUUUCACAUGACUUUUUUGUGUAUAAUGUCUGUUUGUUGACCGAUUAUGAUUUAAUUUUUAUCACACUCACAACUGUCAUGAAAUAUUUGCGCAUGCACAAAAUAUUGUAUGUUUACUAUUUUCCAAAUAUGAUUAAAUGACAUUGUCUUUUUCUUAUAUGAUGUAGCGAGACACAACGGAAUUUACUGCAAAUAUUCAGCUAUUUUCUCCAUUAAAAAAUCUU